AUGGCCUCCCAAAGUUCUCAGUCCAGUUCUCAGUCUGAAGGUUCUCCUGCAUCUCUGCCAUUCCCUGCCCUCGCCCCGAUCACGGCCGCCGAGCUGCAAUACCCCGACUCACCGUCAUCUCAGCCCAGGCAAGCCUCCGCCUCCAGAAUAAUUGCACAUCCGUACGCUCGUCUGUACGCCAAAAAAGAAGAGGGCAAGCGUCGCAAGAUAUGGAACCAUGCCCUUGAAAAAUCUAUCUUUAGCGCGUACGAGUUGUCCACACUGGGCGCCCCACAUCGACGGACAAUAUACAUGGCAAGCCUCGAGGCCCACAUCGAUCGCUUGCAUGCCCAGCUCCUUAGUCUCGGAUUUUGGCCGGUUGGCUUCGACGAACUAGAACCGUUCAAAGGCUUGAAUUCAAAAACGGCAAAGAGUAUGGUAUCGGGCCUCCAGUACGACUCAUCAAUAGCGAAGCUCAAAUUGCUCGAACUAGAGCGCGCGAACGACGCCCUGGUCCGUACUUUAAACCGUUCAGACCUGCCCGAACCCCAUUCCGAAGAAAAAGUCUGUUGCAGGAAGCCGGAUGUUGUCGGACCGGUAUCGGCAUCAGUCUGA